GUUAGUUCGACAUUGACAUUUGUAUUUCCUCGAUUUAGCAGUCGCGAUUAUUUUGUUUUAAAUCAAAUAAUAUACUAAUCGCAAAAUGUCUCUAACAAAAUCAAACAAAAAGUUCAAAUGGGCACUAGACUUCAACCCAAAAGCUCGUACUUCAGCGAACGAUCUGCCUUCUCCCCCUGGUUACAGCCAGUCCACCAAUGCUAACUAUACAGAAUCUUCGAAAGACACGGAUUCCAAUUUGUUACUCAUCAAAAAACUUUGGGAUGUAGCCCUAGGACCUUUGAAGCAGGUGCCAAUGAAUCUAUUCAUAAUGUACAUGGCUGGAAACUCCAUCUCUAUAUUCCCUAUUAUGAUGGUAGGGAUGUUGAUAGUUCGCCCUAUAAAAGCUUUAUUCGCCACACAAAGUACCUUCAAGAUGGUUGAAGGAACACAAGCAGCUGUCCAAAAGUUUGUAUAUUUCAUUGGCAAUAUUGUGAAUAUAUUACUUGCUCUUUAUAAAUGUCAGAGUAUGGGUUUAUUGCCAACACAUUCCAGUGAUUGGUUGGCUUUUGAGGAACCACUAACAAGAGUAGAACAUAUUGGAGGUGGUAUUUCAAUGCUUUAAAUAAUAGACUAUGUAAACAUAUUGUUUAUUUAUUGUUAACUAGGACUAAUAGGGUAAGCAGUAUAUACAAUAAUAAAAUGUUUUAAUUUAAAUUUCA